AUGUCGUUCUCUGGAAAAUAUGAGCUGCAGAGCAGAGAGAACUUUGUGCCAUUUAUGAAAGCCGUUGAAACCCCAGAUGAACUGAUUCAAAAAUUCAAAGAUGUGAAAAGUAUCACUGAGAUUGUUCAAAAUGGAAAUCACUUCAAUGUCACAAUCACAACUGGAGAAAGUGUGAUUCACAAUGUAUUUACCAUUGGACAGGAAGCUGAGUUUGGAACACUCGCAGGCUAUAAGAUUAAGGGUGUACCCAAUUUGGAUGGUCCAAACAAGAUCAUUGUCAAAUUAAAUUCAGUAUCAUUGGUUACUGAACUCAACGGGGACAAACUAAUUGAUACGCUCACAGUUGGAGAUAUCACCUAUACGAGAAUCAGUAAAAGAAUAUAA